AUGUCCGUUCCCGACGAAAGCCCGACUGCUGCAGCGGAGAGGAAGAUAUUCUCAACUGUGGAUCGCAUCCUGGUGAACAUAAAAGUCCUGAUAGGCGACAUCUGGAGCAAUCUGAAAAAACUCCCCAAGCAGAGCGACCACUCCGGCGACACCGGCGUUGAUGAGGAUGGUGACGCCGUGGCGCUCCGGCACAUUGAGGUCAACAUCCACGCCGAGCAGAUCGGGGCCGGAGUCAAGCGUUUUCAGGACGCCAUCAGCACGAAGCACGGCGCCGAGGAGGAGUCGACGCCCUCAUUGGCGGAGCAAGAAGACGAGCCCACGCACCGCCCGUCUGGGCUGCACGUGAGGCGCCUGCUUGACGCCCUCGACGGGCAGCUGCUGCAGUGCCUCCUCUGCCUUGCCAUCUUCCCGCCAAACGAGGUCAUCAAGAAGAGGAUUCUCAUCCACUGGUGGAUCGGUGAGGGAAUAGUCAAAUCGGCAGACGCAGGGAAGGAGUGCUUCGACGACCUAUUCGAUCGCGGCCUCGUUCAGCCCGCUCUACUCCGAGGCCACUGCCGUCGUAUACACUACUUCAGAGUGCGCCCCGUGGUGCACAACCAGCUUGUGGACGCCGCUAGGAGCUUCGGUUUCUUUGGGUUUAUGGGUCAAGGCAACGGCAAUGUCGAUGACCCUCACAGGCUGUUCCUGCAGGAAGGACAGAGUUUUGAUCAGAACACACGAGGUACGAAUAAUGAAUUCCUGUCAGUAUUCAAUCUCAACAUGGAGUACGUGAACAUGCAUAUCGCAACAUCCAGAAUCACCAGAGCAAUGCAGCUUGGGCGAUGGAAGAGCUCAGUGAAGCACCACAUCGAGCUGGUGGAAGACGACCUUCUGAAAAACGUCGUGGCGUGCAAGAACCUGAGGUACCUCAGCCUCAGGGGCAUCUCCCUCAUCGAGUCCAUACCCGAGGCCAUCGGCACGCUUGCCGAACUACUCGUGCUCGACCUUAGGGCGUGCCACAACUUGGAGAAGCUACCGGGGUCUAUCGGCUCACUGCAGAAGCUAGAGUACCUGGACGUGUCCGAAUGCUUCUUGCUUGAAGAGAUGCCCAAAGAGAUGGGCGAGCUGUCCAGGCUGCAAGUCCUCAAGGGGUUUCUCGUCGGCAGUUCAAGAAGGAAGAGCAGCCCAUGCCGUCUCUCCGACCUGGCCACGAAAAUGCACAACCUUAGGAAGCUGAGCAUUACCACUGGACGGCAGUCUUUGCUGUAUGAUGAAGAUGAGCUCUGUCAAUUGGCAAAUUGCCGGAGUCUUCAGUCCUUGACAAUAACUUGGGGAGGAGAGACAUCUACCGAGACACUUCUUUCUCUGCCUUCCAGCCUCACGAAGCUCGAUCUCCGGCGCGCCCCUAUGACGAACCUUCUUGACAUGGUUCACCCGUCGACGUCGCUGGGCCUGAAACGGCUGUAUAUUAGGGGAGGGAAGCUCCGCACACUGGGGCAAGACAGCGGCUGGAACGUUGAGACACUGCGUGCCAGAUUCCUCAAUGAUUUGGAGUGCGAGUGGAGUGAGCUCCAUUGUAUGUUCCGAGAGCUCCGUUUUGUGGAAAUGUGGAGGUGUGCCCGCCUUAGUUUCUGGCCUUGCGAUGAGCGGGGCAUAUGGGAGAAAGGAUCUCCUUCUCUGGCUGGCCGAUCCAUUGGAGUCUGUUACGGAGUGAGAGGCAACAAUCUGCCACCAUGGCGUGAAGUUGUUCACCUAUAUGCCUCGAACAACAUUCCUGCGAUGAGGAUAUUCUAUCCUCACCACGAUGUUCUUGAGGCUCUGAGAGGAACAUGCAUCACGAUCAGCCUCGACGUUGAGGUCCAAUUCCUCCCAUCCUUGGCCUCCGAACCCUCCUUUGCGGCCGCCUGGGUGAAGGCCAAUGUGCAAGCCUUCUACCCUGCAGUCUCAUUCAAGUACAUCACGGUCGGCAACCAGGUCUCCUCGAGAGAGAUGAGUUACAUCCUCCCAGCGAUGCAGAACAUCUAUGCAGCGUUAUCAGCGGUAGGCCUGGAUCACAUAAAGGUUUCCACGUCUGUGAGAAGGGAUGUGCUUGGUGUGUCGUAUCCUCCCUCUGAUGGUGCUUUCUCGUCGGCGAUGGAGCAGUACAUGGCACCUAUGGUGCAGUUCUUGGCCAAGAUUGGGGCUCCACUUAUGGCCAGCGUGUUCCCUUACUUUACUUACGUUCACAAUCAGGCAGACAUUGAUAUCGAUUACGCCCUUUUCACCUCCCCGGGAACGGUGGUGCAGGACGGUGUAUAUAGCUACCAGAACCUCUUUGAUGCCACUGUGGAUGCUCUGUAUUCGGCGAUGGAGAAGGUGGGCUGCUCAACUGUCCGAGUCGUUGUCUCAGACAGCGGAUGGCCUUCGGCGGGGGCUCCUGCAGCGACCAAAGGUAAUGCCAGGACCUACAUCCAGAACCUAAUAAACCAUGUGGGCAAGGGGACACCGAAAAGACCCGUGCCUACAGAGACGUAUAUUUUUGCCAUGUUCAAUGAGAACGAGAAGACGGGUGGAGAGAUAGAAAGGAACUUUGGGCUGUUUGAACCUGACAAGAGCCCUGUGUACCCAAUUAUCUUCUCUUAAAAGAAAGGGCAGAACAAGGUUAUCCAAAUUUAUUUACGGCUGUAUAAAGGUCACUUCACUGGAGCGAAGCAGAGGCCCGUUCUAGGGUUUCGUCGUAUAUAUAUAUACUUCUUCUAAGUCGUCGUUCGGCGUUGUAACUUCAUCCGAUACAAUGAAGAUA